UCACCGCAGCAACAUUUGGAAGCUCACGCGCGAGUUGUUAUCAACUAAAAAAUAAUAGUAAUAAUCAAAGAAAACUUUUGCAGCCAUGGUUGAGAAAUUUGUCGGGACAUGGAAAAUGAUCUCCAGCGAGAACUUUGAUGACUACAUGAAAGCAAUUGGCGUCGGCUUCGCCGUCCGGCAGGUGGGCAAUCGCACGAAGCCCAGCUUGAUCGUGACGGUGGACGAGCAAGGCACCGUCAUCAUGAAGACGCAGAGCACCUUCAAGACGUCCGAGAUCAAGUUCAAGCUCAACGAGCCCUUCGAGGAGACCACGGCCGACGACAGGAAGACGCGGACCGUGAUCAGCUUGGAAAACGGCAAACUGGUGCAGAAACAGUGCUGGGACGGAAAGGAGACGAGCAUCGAGAGGGAAGUCACGGAUGGGAAAUUAAUAGCGAGGUGCAUCAUGGGAGACGUGGUGGCGGUGAGGACGUACGUGAAGGAGGCGUGAUGAGGCCCCCCACCCUUCCCCAGCCCCCCCCCCGACAGGCUCAGUUUAAUGAGCGUCAACGUUUUCUUUUCUUUCCUUUCGGGUGCGUAGCCCUGAAAUCUUUCAAACAAAC